CAUUUUCACUCCAGAUCGAGGUCAUUAUAAUGAUCGCUAUAGUUUCGCUGGUGUGCCAACUCAAGUGGAAGUUACCAUAAUUAAUUACAAGGACGUUCACAUUGAUUAUGAAGAUCGAUUCGAUGUUUCCGGUUGUUAUGAAGAACCUGGAAGCUAUACUUGGUUUCAACUCUUCUUUUCAAAUCCUUUGAUGACUGAAUACAAUAUGGAAACAGUCAAGGAAUCCACUGAAAAAUUCUUGACUUCAGUCAUACCAAUAACUCGUAUUGGUGAAAUUCAUGCACAAGAAGUUGAUUCUAAUGUAUAUGUUACUGUUAAGCUUUUGGAUCGAGUACACUUCAUUGAUAAUUAUCGUCUUCAAGAUAAAAGUAAAAUUGUACGUCCUGACAAUACUAUCAAAAGAUUUCAAGUCGAGGACUGUGAACAACUGUGCAGUUCAACUCAAGAUUGUUUCGAUUUUAGUUACUGUUCGGAUUAUGACUGUUCAAUUUUUAUAAAAAAACGUCAUUAUGGGGCUUCUGCCGAAACGAAAAACAACAAGGAAUGCAAAUUUUAUUAUAGAUUCUCAAGAGUCCAUGUUGAGCCAUUGGUUAGCAAAGAUUAUUUAUCGUCAAUGCCACAAGUGUUACAACAGAUAAGGAAUAAUCUCCAAGAAGGUGGAUUCGAAGAUGUGUUCAUUGUUAAUGGGCCUGAAGAGAUUGGUGACAUUUCCCAAGAAUUACAUAGACCCUCAAUUCCUUUAAACCUUCAAGAGGUGAAGAUUUUCCGAUCAUUAAAACUGAUCGCCAUUUCAAUGAAGGACAAUUCAAGAUUGAGAAAAGUACUCUUAACGAAUGUUUCAUGGCUUGUGUCAAUGAUGAUGAUUGUAACACACUUUCAUAUUGUGUUAACCAGAAUAAGGAAUGUAUUCUGAGUGGAGAAACAUCGAGUUCGUUGAACGACACAUUCGACGACAAAACAAGCCAUGCAGAUGGAUGUAACAUUCAUCAAAAAUCAUUUAUCAAUCUAUUCCAUGAGUAUCCUGGAAAAAAUCUAGUUCUGGAUGCCGUCUCAACCAUAUCUGAUGUACCAAUUGGUGAUUGCGCUAAAAGAUGUGCUCAAUCGAAUGAUUUCAAUUGUGAAUCAUUUGAUUACUGCCAAGAUAAUGAUCAAAGAAAUGAAUCUCUUUGUUUCUUACAUGUUAAUCACAUUGUGAUAGAUAAAGCUCAUCAAUUAAAUUCAACAAACUGGAAGUAUGCUGAAGCCGGAUGUUCCCAUUACUCAAAAAAAUCUGAACUUGAGUAUGAACAUAAAGUUGGACUUGCAUUGAAAGAUGAUAUGAAAGAAUCGAUUGUUGGAACUUUUGACCAUACAUUUUUAGAACACUGCGCUUCCGAAUGCAAUUCAGAUCCUAAUUGUUUUACCCUCGAGUUUUGUGAAACAAUUGAUUAUAAUCAAAUUUCCAAUAGUAGUGUUUCAUUAUCGAGUUGUACAUUGACCAAUUUAAAGCCAAAUAAUGUUAAUCAAACUCAACUAUUUGAAGAACCGAAAAGCGACAAAAAAAUUUGCUCAAUAUACAUCAAUCAUAAGAAAAUUACAGAAAAUAGCAAAACUAAUACAUCUGAAUCAUCAACGAAAACAUCAAAGAAAUCAAAUAACUUCUCUUUAACAAUUGGGUUGAGCACAAUAGUAUUUAUAUUGGCGUUUGCUGCUGGAUUCACUGGAUUUAAAUUUAUUGUCAAGAAAGGAUUUUUUAAAAAAACAGAUUCAAACAUGACUAUUCCAAUGAUACCAACCGUGCGAACUAGAUCUUGAAAUAUUACCUGUAAGUCAAAUGGCUACAUGAUGAUAAUGAUGAAACAUUGUAUAAAAAGACGAUAUUGAUUAGUAGUUGCUAGGUCGUCUGUAAUUAUGUUUUGGUAUCUUUGAUUAUUAAAGAUAU